AUGCCAAUCAUCAAGAAUUUCACACUCCCAAGUUCAGUGAAGGAGCUGGCAAUAAGCCCCGCCUCGAAAUUAUUCAUUGCCUUCAUAUCUGGACCAGAUCCAAUUACCAAGCAACCUUGGUGCCCAGACGUGCGGGAUGCCUUGCCACAUAUCAACGAGGCAUUUGCCGGAGAUGAUGCGCCAGAAUUAGCUAUUAUCGAGGUUGGACAAAAGCCCGAGUGGAAUAACCCCCAGAAUGUCUACCGAACAACGUGGGGAACUAAGAACAUUCCCGCGCUGGUACGCUACCAACAAGUCAAUGGGGAAGUCACUGAGACAGGAAGAUUGGUGGAAGGAGAAAUUCUCAACAAGCAAAGACUCAUGGCCUUCAUCGUUUAA